CCUCACCAGCUGUCUAGUAAUAAUGGCGGAAUGUCAAAAGUCUACCUCAUGUCUAUCUCCAGCUUCAGAAAUGACCUCUCUCGCUAGAGCUUUGUCUCAUUCAAGGUUGAGCCAACUUGAUCAGUCUGAUGUGUUGAAAUCGCAGUCUUCUGUUCACCGGAGCAAUGUGGCACAGCCAGGUCGACGAAGGAUGUUGUCGAGCAGCAGUGUUGAGUCUCUGAAUGUGAGCCCCUGUGGUGAAGCGCGGGUAUUGGUCAUCAACACCGGAGGAACAAUCGGGAUGAUGUACCAUAAUAACGGUAAAGAGUUUUGGACCGGGACUUUUAGAAUGUAUUUGUUGUUGCCCAAACAAAGUACAUUUAUUUGAUUUGAAUGAUGCUGUGUUGAUGCAACACAUUGAUGGAGGAAACUUGCUAGCUACAGUCGCAGUUUACCAGGGGUGUAUUCAUUACACCGAUUUUGUUGCAAAAUGUUUCGUCUGUUACAACAGAAACCGUUUACUCCAAACGGAAAACGUUUGCAACGAAAACGAGUUUAUAUUGGUCAAAUUCAGUUUACUCCUUCUGUUUGGUUCUUAAACGGUCAACUUUCGGUUGCAAGCCGUAAUGAAUACAACGCUGGCACGCAGGGUUCGCGUCUUGUGAGUUGUCAAAUGUAACUGCUGUUUCUCUUGCUUUGUAAAUUGUAUCAAGGAAACACUUAGACGUAAUUAUCUACCUGUAGAACAGGGAUUAUCAACUAGAUUCAGCCACGGAUGGUCGGAGGGCAGAAUAUUAUUAGAAAUAAUUUGCAGCUAAUGAAUAACUAGCUAUGACGUACAAGAUCAGUCAACAGCAGGACUCAGUUUCAUAAUAUAAUGUUUGUUAAGGGUACAAGACAACCAAAGGUAUUGCAUGCUUCAGUACUGGUUAACUGUCCAAUCAGUCACAGUUUACCUAAAUGAUAGUGUUCACCACAAACCUUUGGCAGUCUUGAAUAUGAAUUCGAGGAAAAGGUUAGAUGAAUCAGGAGCUUUCAUCCACACCCCCUUACAAAAAUAAUUACAUUUGUGAUAUAACACUGAAACUUUUAUCUGCCCAUCUUUUCGAGAGAGGGAAAUAUCAAAUCCCUGUAUUUGUAUUUAUUAUGGAUCCCCAUUAGCUGCUGCCAAGGCAGCAGCUACUCUUCCUGGUGUCCAGCAAAAUUAAGGCAGUUCAUACAAUUUUAAAAACAUUACAAUACAUUCACAGAUUUCACAACACACUGUGUGCCCUUAGGCCCCUACUCCACCACUACCACAUAUCAACAGUACAAAAUCCAAGUGUACGUGUGUAUAGUGCGUAUGUUAUCGUGUGUCUAUGCAUGUGUCUGUGCCUAUGUUUGUGUUGCUUCACAGUCCCCGUUCUUCCGUAAGGUGUUUUUAAAAAUGUUUUUAAAUCUAAUUUGACUACUUGCAUCAGUUACUUGAUGUGAAAUAGAUUUCCAUGUAUUCAUGGCUCUAUGUACACUACCUGUCAAAUGUUUUAGAACACCUACUCAUUCAAGGGUUUUUCUUUUAUUUUUACUAUUUUCUACAUUGUAGAAUAAUAGUGAAGACAUAAACUAUGAAAUAACACAAAUGUGCAAAGCUGUCAAGGCAAAGGGUGGUUAUUUGAAGAAUCUCAUAUAUAAUUUUUUUUUUUUGUUUAACUCUUUUUGGGUUACAUGAUUCCAUAUCUGUUAUUUCAUAGUUUUGAUGUCUUUACUAUGAUUCUACAAUGUAGAAAAUAGUCAAAAUAUAGAAAAACCCUUGAAUGUGCAGGUGUUCUAAAACUUUUGACCGGUAGUGUAGUACUGUGCUCCUCCCAUAGUCUGUUCUGGACUUUGGGACUGUGAAGAGACCUCUGGUGGCAUAUCUUGUGGUGUAUGCAUCGGUGUCUGAGCUGUGUGCCAGUAGUUCAAACAGACCGCUCAUAAAUACAAGUAGUGAUGAAGUCAAUCUCUCCUCCAGUUUGAGCCAGGAGAGAUUGACAUGCAUAUUAUUAAUAUUAGCUCUUUGUGUACAUCCAAGUGCCAGCCGCGCUGCACUGUUCUGAGCCAAGUCCUUUUUUUGUUGCACCUGACCACACAACUGAACAGUAAGUGUGACAAAACUAGGGCCUGUGGGACCUACCUUGUUAAUAGUGUUGUUAAGAAUGUAGAGCAGCGCUUUAUUAUGGCCAUACCUCUCCCCAUCUUCGCUACUGUUGGAUCAAUAUGUUUUGACCAUGACAUUUUAAAAUCCAGGGUUACUCCAAGCAGUUUAGUCACCACAACUUGCUCAAUUUUCAAAUUAUUUAUUACAAGAUUUAGUUGAGGUUUAGGAUUUAGUAAAUGAUUUGUCCCAAAUACAAUGCUUUUAGUUUUAGAAAUAUUUAGGACUAACUUAUUCCUUGCCACCCACUCUAAAACUAACUGCAUCUCUUUAAGUGUUGCAGUCAUUUCAGUCGCUGUAGUAGCUGACAUGUAUAGUGUCAUCCGCAUACAUAGACACUCUGGCUUUACUCAAAGCCAGUGGCAUGUCAUUAGUAAAGAUUGAAAAAAGUAAUCGGCCUAGACAGCUGCCCUGAGGAAUUCCUGAUUCUACCUGGAUUAUGUUGGAGAGGCUUCCAUGAAAGAACGUCCCCUGUGUUCUGUUAGACAGGUAACUCUGUAUCAACAAUAUAGCAGGUGGAGUAAAGCCAUAACACAUACGUUUUUCCAGCAGCAGACUAUGAUCAAUAAUGUCAAAAGCCGCAUUGAAGUCUAACAAAACAGCCACUACAAUCUUUUUUAUCAUCAAUUUCUCUCAGCCAAUCAUCAGUCAUUUGUGUAAGUUCUGUGAUUGUUGAAUGUCCUUCUCUAAAAGCAUGCUGAUUAGUUUGUUGUCAAUUUAUUUACUGUAAAAUGGUGUUGUAUCUGGUAAACACAAUUUCCAGUAGUUUACUAAGGGUUGGUAACAGGCUAAUUGGUUGGCUAUUUGAGCCAGUAAAGGGGGCUUUACUAUUCUUAGGUAGCGGAAUGACUUUUGCUUCCCUCCAAGCCUGAGGGCACACACAUUCUAGUAGGCUUAAAUUGAACAUAUGGCAAAUAGGAGUGGCAAUAUCAUCCGCUAUUAUCCUCAGUAAUUUUCCAUCCAAGUUGUCAGACCCCGGUGGCUUGUCAUUGUUGAUAGACAACAAUAGUUUUUUCACCUCUUCCUCACUCACUUUACGGAAUUCAAAUUUACAAUGCUUCUCUUUCAUAAUUUGGUCAGAUAUACUUGGAUGUGUAGUGUCAGCAAUUGUUGCUGGCAUGUCAUGCCUAAGUUUGCUAAUCUUGCCAAUGAAAAAAUUAUUUAAGUAGUUGUCAAUAUCAGUUGGUUUUGUGAUGAAUGAGCCAUCUGAUUCAAUGAAUGAUGGAGCUGAGUUUGCCAUUUUUCCCAAAAUGUCAUUUAAGGUGCGCUAUCAUUCUUUAUGUCAUUUCUUUGUUUCAUAGUGUAUUUUCUUAUUUUUAUUCAGUUUAAUCACAUGAUUUCUCAAUUUGCAAUACGUUUGCCAAUCGGUUGAGCAGCCAGACUUAUUUGCCAUUCCUUUUGCCUCAUCUCUCUCAACCAUACCAUUUUAAAAUUCCUCAUCAAUCCACUGGGAUUUAACUGUUUUUACAGUCAUUUUCUUAAUGGGUGCAUGCUUAUUAUUAGCUGGAAUAAGCAAUUUCAUAAAUGUAUCAAGUGCAGUGGGAAGUAAAGGCUUAAAAGGUUGAGACAGUCUGCGUCUCACAUGGAUAGGCAGACCAUUCCAUAAAAAAGUAGCACUAUAGGAGAAAGCCCUGCCUCAAGCUGUUUGCUUAGAAAUUCUACGGACAAUAAGGAGGCCUGCAUCUUGUGAACGUAUGUGUAGGUAUGUACUGCAGGGCCAAAUCGGAGAGAUAGGUAGGAGAACGUCCAUGUUAGCAGUAAAAUCUUGAAAUCAGCCCUAGCCUUAACAGGAAGCCAGUUUUGAGAAUGACACAAAUAUUAAUUUUCACAAAGUCUGCUGCCUCAGUUUUUAUGAUGGCAAUUUGCAUAUACUCCAGAAUGUUAUGAAGAGUGAUCAGAUGAAUUGCAAUUAAUUGCAAAGUCCCUCUUUGCCAUGAAAAUGAACUUAAUCCCCCAAAAACAUUUCCACUGCACUUCAGCCCUGCCACAAAAGGACCAGCUGACAUGUCAGUGAUUCUCUUGUUAACACAGGUGAGAGUGUUGACAAGGACAAGGCUGGAGAUCACUCUGUCAUGCUGAUUUGAGUUAGAAUAACAGACUGGAAGCUUUAAAAGGAGGGUGAUGCUUGAAAUCAUUGUUCUUCCUCUGUUAACCAUGGUUACCUGCAAGGAAACACAUGCCGUCACCAUUGCUUUGCCCAAAAAGGGCUUCACAGGCAAGGAUAUUGCUGCUAGUAAGAUUGCACCUAAAUCAACCAUUUAUCGGAUCAUCAAGAACUUCAAGGAGAGAGGUUCAAUUGUUGUGAAGAAGGCGUCAGGGCGCCCAAGAAAGUCCAGCAAGUGCCAGGACCGUCUCCUAAAGUUGAUUCAACUGCGGGAUCAGGGCACCACCAGUGCAGAGCUUGCUCAGGAAUGGCAGCAGGCAGGUGUGAGUGCAUCUGCACGCACAGUGAGGCGAAGACUUUUGGAGGAUGGCCUGGUGUCAAGAAGGGCAGCGAGGAAGCCACUUCUCUCCAGGAAAAACAUCAGGGACAGACUGAUAUUCAGCAUAAGGUACAGGGAUUGGACUGCUGAGGAUUGGGGUAAAGUCAUUUUCUCUGAUCGAUCCCCUUUCCGAUUGUUUGGGGCAUCUGGAAAAAAGCUUGUCCGGAGAAGACAAGGUGAGCGCUACCAUCAGUCCUGUGUUAUGCCAACAGUAAAGCAUCCUGAGACCAUUCAUGUGUGAGGUUGCUUCUCAGCCAAGGGAGUGGGCUCACUCACAAUUUUGCCUAAGAACACAGCCAUGAAUAAAGAAUGGUACCAACACAUCCUCCGAGAGCAACUUUUCCCAACCAUCCAAGAACAGUUUGGUGAAGAACAAUGCCUUUUCCAGCAUGAUGGAGCACCUUGCCAUAAGGCAAAAGUGAUAACUAAGUGGCUCGGGGAACAAAACAUCAACAUUUUGGGUCCAUGGCCAGGAAACUCCCCAGACCUUAAUCCCAUUGAGAACUUGUGGUCGAUCCUCAAGAGGGUGGUGGACAAACAAAAACCCACAAAUUCUGACAAACUCCAAGCAUUGAUUAUCCAAGAAUGGGCUGCCAUCAGUCAGGAUGUGGGCCUGAAGUUAAUUGACAGCGUGCCAGGGCGGAUUGCAGAGGUCUUGAAAAAGAAGGGUCAACACUGCAAAUAUUGACUCUUUGCAUAAACUUAAUGUAAUUGUCAAUAAAAGCCUUUGACACUUAUGGAAUGCUUGUAAGUAUACUUCAGUGUAACAUCUGACAAAAAUAUAUAAAAACACUGAAGCAGCAAACUUUGAAGGCCAAUACUUGUGUCAUUCUCAACUUUUGACCACGACUGUAGAGAGGCUAGCACUGGAGUAAUAUGAUCUAAUAUUUUUCAGUUCUAGUCAAGAUUCUAGCAGCUGUAUUUAGCACUAACAGACGUUUAUUUAGUGCUUUAUUCGUAUAGCCGGAGAGUAGAGAAUUGCAGUAGUCUAAUCUAGAAGUGACAAAAGCAUGGGUUAGCUUUUCUGCAUAAUUUUUAGAUAAAAGGUUUCAGAUGUUUGCAGUGUUACUAAAAUGGAAAAAAGCUGCCCUUUAAAUAUUCUUGAUAUUUUUGUCAAAAGAGAGCUCAGGGUCCAGAGUAAUGCCGAGGUCCUUCAGUUUUAUUUGAGAUGACUGUACAACCAUCAAUAUUUAAUUGUCAGAUCAAACAGCAGAUCUCUUUGUUUCUUGGGACCUACAACUAGCAUCUCUGAUUUGUCAGAGUUUAAAAGUAAAACAUUUGCCGCCAUCCUCUUCCUUAUGUCUGAAACACACGCUUCCAGGGUAGGCAAUUUUGGGGCUUCACCAUAUUUCAUUGAACUGUACAGAUGUGUGUUGUCCGCAUAGCAGUGAAAGGGGAGAGAGGGAGGGAUCUUAAAACGGAAUCUUGAGGAACACUGAAGGCUACUGUUUCCUGUAUAAUUAAUUUCCUGGAAAGAUUCCUUCGUGGGCCAAGGGAAUGUGUUAACUGUGCUUUGGAUCAAAUGUUUGCUGAAUGAUAUCUCUAGGCUAACCAGCCCUUCUCAUUUCAUUCAGGAUCCACUAUGGUACUUGGAGUAAACACUAGACCAUAAGUAACAUGGCCAUAGUUUCUAGGUCUACUGGUUUUACACCAUUCCAAAGGUUCUGUUUGGAAGUCCCAAGAUGUGUCUUUAUGCAAUCCAUCUAACCAAUGGCUGGUGGUCCAAUUUUCACAGGUCCUAAUUUUAGUCAGCCAGUUCGUUCCAGUGGCUUGGACUCAGGUUUCACUCCUCUCAACUGCCGUCCCUGAUCUCUCCCAUUUGAAACACAUGAGCAGUCAUGUAUCAGUGUUCCCUGCAGCCUUCUCCCACUCAGGCUACUUGGAGACUAAUUUCUGGAAAUAAGCACUCACUGGUAACUGAUUUUACCACUGAAGACCCAGGCUCUGUCCUUGGUUUAGCAUAUUCUGGUGGGCUGUUGACCUAUUAUGAGUUAUAUAAGACAUUUCCCAAUACAUUAAUGAUUAGAACUGUAUUCUAAACAGCCUACUUUUUAUAUUGAUGUGAUUCUCAAGUUCGCCACUAGGGCUGAGUAUAAUACAAGGCAUGAUUUACUGGGAAUGGUAAACCUGGGCCACAUUUGGUAGCCAAACGUUAUCGAACGUUGCUGUAGUUGAGGACUUGGUGGACUGUAUAUUCUGUAGGGUUAGGUUUUACCUAGCACUAUGUGUUCUCUCCCAGGUGCUUGUAAGGGCACAGAUGACAGACCGGUAGGAUUCCAGUUGAGGUUGUUUAAUGAAGCUAAUUCACAGAGCAGUAAUGGCACAGCACAGUGUAUGGCCUGACAGUUGUGUUAACCAAGAGUUUGUGUGUUGUUAUUUCUGAAGGACGCACACCGGCCUUGGCUAAACACUAACUAAAGGUAAUCACAGGAGAUGGCUGGAACCUAUCACGGCUUGUGGACUUUCUCUAGUUACUUCCUUCUCCUCAGUUAGAGAUCGCCCAGUAUGCUGUGCUCCACAUCACCGGUGGGUGGAGCUACAGCUCUCCUAUGAUGAACUGAUAUUUACUCUCAAUAGUCUUUCAUACAGUUGCAGAUAGAAAUGCCACGAAUAGAGGUGACGUGAAACCUUAUUCUACAUGUCAGAGCGAGCGUGGGUUCUACAUAGGAAUAUGCUAUCUGAACACUCCAAAAUGUUGCGUACUGCUACCCUCUUUUCAAAAUAACACCACACUCAGAUCUAUGUAGGCUAUUAUUGGGCUCACCCUACCUGAACUCUGACUGAUUAGUUCUGUUGCUCUGUACUUUAAUGGCAACACCUUCUUCUCUCUCAUCCACAGUGCUGUCCCCAGAGCCUAAUGUGUUUGUGAAGGCCCUACGAAAGCUUCCCAACCUCCAUGAUGAGCAAUAUGCCCUGCAGACCCGUAUGUACGACUACUACAGCACGAGUGGCCCACAGGAGAACACCCUGGUCCUGCCGUAAGUCACCCAUACACCCCACCUCUCCAGGGCUCCUCUGCAGCCUUCUAGCCCUAUUUCUGUUUAUUCUCUUUCUUUUUACUUUGCCUUUGCUGUUAUUAAUAUAUAGGCUGGAGUUAAAUGUUGACACGGUUUACUUUAUUGUACAGUCUAAGUACAAUCAUUCAAACUGUGAAAAGAUGACUAUCCAUGGACCACAUCAUCACUGUAGAUUUAGACUAACGCAACCUUGUGCUAUUUGACUGACAAACUUCAGAUGGCGAGCUUGGAGUUAGAUACAGAUUAUGAUAAAAUUCUAAUAGAGUAGUAGUAGUUAGGCUAUACCUGGUCUUGUGAAGGGGACCUCAACCUACCGGUACUACCGAUACAUUGUUCACGCCCUUACCAUUUCUUUACACAGGAGAUGAGUGUGGAUUGCACUUAAUAGAUUAGAAUAACUGCUUAAUUUGACUGUCAAAUUCAAACACAAGACCGACAGCUUUUAUUUCAGGGCUUUUUCAACCUACAAGGCAUACAGGCUUUUUCAAAGGCUCCUUAAAUAGCAACAUAUUCUAGUGCAUAUCAUGUCAGGAUAACGGUUGAAAUCCUCCCCCAAAAUCUGUUCACUAUGACAUCUCCAUAGCAGUUGGCCUACAGGAUAUACAAUGCUUGGCUGGGGAUAUCAUACACACGUUUAUAUUCCCUGCAUGCCUGGGAACAUGUCACUCUAAAACUGUGUGUUGUUUUGACAGGAUGCCGACACACCACGCUGAUGAACUAUCAAAAGGGUCCUGUAGUACUGGUAGCAUGCUGUGUGCCUGCGCUACGCUACGCUAAGCUGUGUGGUUUGAAUCCUCUGUAUCCGUCCCGCCUGGUAGAAAUAGUUUGCUGUUGUUGUCUGUGUGGACCUGUCAGCGAGUGAUCAUAGGAGCACACACCUGCAGGGAGUUGUGCUGCAGCAUUUCAGUAGCGGUGUUCACGCCUUUCUGAUGUUCUACCCUUAUUCCCUCUCUUCAGAUACCUCGCCUCGCUCCUGCUGGAGGGAGCUAAUCUCAUUGGUUCAUGUCUAGCUAAAAACAGUACAGCACAGUCGAGUUGUCAUAACGUUUCUGUAAUGUUACAGUAGCAACCCCAGGAGUUUUGCUGUUGCCAGAGAGGGAGAAUAGACCUGCGAGGGGUUGCUGGUGUCACGCUGGCAGAGAGCGAGGUUCAUCUCUGUUGAGCGUGUUUGAUUCCUGUAGUCUGGGUCUCAGUGCGUGCCCUCUGCUGAAUGUGGUUCUGGCAGGUCGGAUCCAAGGGGUGCCGGCUAUCGCCCCUCCAAAUGGAGGUUGCCUGAGCCCAGGCCAAAUCCCUCUCAGCAACCUCCUCUCCUUUCUGGGCCUGCGAUGCCGGGGGCAGUGGGGGCGACCCUGCCUGACUGCACGCUAAUCUCUACACAGACAAUCAGCCCCUCCACCUCAAACCCACUCAGAGCAGCUCAGGACCACAGAUAUAGAGACUGGAGGGGGCAGGGUGGGGUCUGGGUUAUAGGGGACAGAUAAGAGAACAACACAAGCACGCUAUUUUUUUAAAGCUAGUCUGAAUGAGACUGUGUGUGUGAUGGGGGGCUGGUGGCACUGUGCCUGCUUGGAUCAUGGUAAUGUUUGUUUGGAGGACUUCCAUAUGUCACCUCCCUAGCCCUCUACUCCUCACCCCCUCAUCGCUUCAACAGUCUCACAGGAGAUUCGUAGGAAGUAUGGAUUCAGCUUCCGUCCCACAGACUAAUUUAUCAGUCUCAUUAAGUUUUCAUUGUAAUUUCAGUAGUUGAUUCCAUCAUCCUCCUUGCUUCUCUAAGGUUCAUUUUCAUUAUUACCAUCAUUAUGUUCCUUUUUGUGGGUUCAAGUUAAUGUUGAUUAACACAUACUAGCUGUCACCAAACAUUGCUAAUAAAUGUCCCUAAUGCCUGAGUUAUUUGGUUUUUGUUUUGUUUAUUAUGCUUUGCAGUGAGCAUGUGCAGUGGACUUGAAAUAACAUUGGCAAAGCUAAUAUCAUUAUAUCCUAACAUUGCUUGAAUUUUUUACAUGGUGUGGCGUAGGAAAUUGAUUUAUUGAACAGCUGAGUGAAAAGCAGUAGUGAGAGUCUGUGGGAAUCCUUUACCCCAACCUCCCAUUUGCCCCUCUCCCCUCCCACCACUCUGGUCCUCAUCAGCAGGCUAGGCCACAGGACAACCCUCGAUAUGCUAAUACCGAUUUCCCUGCCACACCGUCGGCUACACCAGGAGAUAAAUUAAUAAUUGGUGACUUGAAUAUUGUUUCCAGCGGCACUAUCAGUUUAAGAUUAUCAACAACAUAUGUUUGAGGAUUGUGUGUGGAGCCAGGGCUAAUUAGGGUGGUGUCUUUAGGCCUCUGGUUAGGUGCUGAGGGGUGAGCUCGCUACUGCCCCUGCUGUUCUAUUGAACCCCCAACAAGGGGAUGGUUUGUACCCCACCCCUGCCCUCCAGUGUCCUGUCCCGUGUCUUAAAAAGGGAGAUUAAGGGGAAAGUCUUUGCACAGCUGCUUUAGCCCAGGCACAAUCUCUUAUUAGAGCGCUAGCAGGAGAACACGGGACGCCAACGUUAUCUCCAUCUAGAGGACACAUUAAUAUGCAUGGGAGGCCAGGAUGAGCUGCCCCUGUCUAAUUAGAACAUGGGGUCUCGCUAAAACAUGAACCCACACCUUUUCAACCCCCCCCCCCCCACAUACUCCCAAAAGGCACCCCUUACCCCUCAGAAUGCCCGCAAAUUAGUAACUCCUCAUACAACGUCGUAGCCUUCCCAGGGAGUGGCCCCCUCCCUCAUCAUACGUCCAUAAUUCACACCCAGCGCUUUGGAACUGGUUUGGGCACCCUGCUGCUGAAACAGAAGGCCCAACCAAAUAGACUUUGUCUCGCUUCAUAAAGUAGGAUAGGCUUGUCUCACUCUUUUCCUUCCUUUAUCCUCAGCCUUUUCCUCAUGUAAACAGAACCGGGUCCAAGCCUUAAUGAGUUUGUAAAGUAAACAGAACAACCAAGACAAAAAAAGAGGGGUGUCUCUACACCCCUAAAGGGAUUUCCUUUUUAAAAAAUGUAAUUGCCGCAUUUGCUUAACCUUGAUUGUUUAUGUGUCUCUAUGUAAACUGUCUGCCCUGUUGUAGAUGCACAGAGUUUCUUUGGGUGUGUUUUCUGUAGAUUUGGUUAUUAUAGGAUGAUUGUGACUCAACUUGUCUUUUCCCAGGCUGUGUAAACAAAAUAAGAGGAUAGUGUACACUGUUUUAGAGUACAGCCCCUUGCUGGACUCUUGCAAUAUGACCACAGAUGACUGGGCUACAAUUGGGAAGGACAUUGAGGUACUUGGUGUUGUCAUUGUUUAUCUUGCUCUUCACUCUAACAUUAACCAUAACCCUGACUUUAACCAUUUGCAUAAGCACAUGCAUUAUGAAAACACAAUCUAUUGCGAUAACAGAACAAUCUCAAGUCAUUCACUGAAGUAAAAGCCAGUUGUCCCUUUCCGUUUAUGUAAAUGUACUGUACUGGAGCUUUUGUAAUGAAUACAGUACUUAUUUCAAGUAGCCUGUGGCAAGAUGUAGGCUAUACAUUUUGACCUUGGAACUUUGAUUCAAGUUUGAUCCUGUUCUCUUUGUCUCUUGGUUCCAGAAACACUAUGAGAAGUAUGACGGUUUUGUCAUCCUCCACGGCACUGACACCAUGGCCUACACAGCAUCUGCUCUGUCCUUCAUGUGUGAGAACCUGGGGAAGCCUGUCAUCCUCACCGGCUCCCAGGUACACCUGCCAUCCUUACAGCUAAACUGCUUCAUAAAGAUAAGAUAACAGAAGGGUGAAAUGUUGUUGUUUGACCUCUUGCAGGUGCCGAUCUAUGAGAUGAGGAACGAUGGAAGAGACAACCUGUUGGGGGCGCUGCUGAUCGCCGGUCAGUUUGUCAUUCCUGAGGUGAGUAGAGGAGGGAGGGACACUUCUUGGAGCAGCACUCACACAUACAGCUGCCUGCAUGUCACCUGCACUUGAAUGUGUGUUCAUACUAUUGUCCAUGCUGUUGACGUGUGUGAAACUUUUUAGCCUGCUAUGGUAAUAAGGUGAUACGACUGGCAAUUUCCUCCCUGAUUGAUAAAGAUGUGAGGGUGAACUGUGUUGACAGACAAUAGGCACCAAAAGCCUUAAACCACUUGUCUAACAAGACUGUUCAGUAAAGCAUGAAUGUGUGAGUGUCGCAAUACAGGACCUGAAACUGCCAGAUGAGACUUCAGAGUUGUCAAAGCGUGUUUGUCUUUUAAGAGUCACAGAAUAACAAAUGUACACACUCUCUGGGACCUUUAUAUAAUGCUGUAUCUAUAGUCGUGGUCAAAAGUUUUGAGAAUGACACAAAUACUAAUUUUCACAAAGUCUGCUGCCUCAGUUUUGAUGAUGGCAAUUUGCAUAUUCUCCAGAAUGUCAUGAAGAGUGAUCAGAUGAAUUGCAAUUAAUUGCAAAGUCCCUCUUUGCCAUGAAAAUGAACUUAAUCCCCCCCAAAAAUGUCCACUGCAUUUCAGCCCUGCCACAAAAGGACCAGCUGACAUCAUGUCAGUGAUUCUCUCGUUAACACAGGUGAGAGUGUUGAUGAGGACAAGGCUGGAGAUCACGCUGUCAUGCUGAUUGAGUUAGAAUAACAGACUGGAAGCUUUAAAAGGAGGGUGGUGCUUGAAAUCAUUGUUCUUCCUCUGUUAACCAUGGUUACCUGCAAGGAAACACGUGCCGUCAUCAUUGCUUUGCACAAAAAGGGCUUCACAGGCAAGGAUAUUGCUGCUAUUAAGAUUGCACCUAAAUCAACCAUUUAUCGGAUCAUCAAGAACUUCAAGGAGAGAGGUUCAAUUGUUGUGAAGAAGGCGUCAGGGCGCCCAAGAAAGUCCAGCAAGCGCCAGGACCGUCUCCUAAAGUUGAUUCAACUGCGGGAUCGGGGCACCACCAGUGCAGAGCUUGCUCAGGAAUGGCAGCAGGCAGGUGUGAGUGCAUCUGCACGCACAGUGAGGCGAAGACUUUUGGAGGAUGGCCUGGUGUCAAGAAGGGCAGCGAGGAAGCCACUUCUCUCCAGGAAAAACACCAGGGACAGACUGAUAUUCUGCAAAAGGUACAGGGAUUGGACUGCUGAGGAUUGGGGUAAAGUCAUUUUCUCUGAUCAAUCCCCUUUCCGAUUGUUUGGGGCAUCUGGAAAAAAGCUUGUCCGGAGAAGACUAGGUGAGCGCUACCAUCAGUCCUGUGUUAUGCCAACAGUAAAAUAUCCUGAGACCAUUCAUGUGUGAGGUUGCUUCUCAGCCAAGGGAGUGGGCUCACUCACAAUUUUGCCUAAGAACACAGCCAUGAAUAAAGAAUGGUACCAACACAUCCUCCGAGAGCAACUUUUCCCAACCAUCCAAGAACAGUUUGGUGAAGAACAAUGCCUUUUCCAGCAUGAUAACUAAGUGGCUCUGGGAACAAAACAUCAACAUUUUGGGUCCAUGGCCAGGAAACUCCCCAGACCUUAAUCCCAUUGAGAACUUGUGGUCGAUCCUCAAGAGGGUGGUGGACAAACAAAAACCCACAAAUUCUGACAAACUCCAAGCAUUGAUUAUCCAAGAAUGGGCUGCCAUCAGUCAGGAUGUGGCCCUGAAGUUAAUUGACAGCAUGCCAGGGCGGAUUGCAGAGGUCUUGAAAAAGAAGGGUCAACACUGCAAAUAUUGACUCUUUGCAUAAACUUAAUGUAAUUGUCAAUAAAAGCCUUUGACACUUAUGGAAUGCUUGUAAUUAUACUUCAGUAUACCAUAGUAACAUCUGACAAAGAUAUCUCAUAACACUGAAGCAGCGAACUUUGUGAAGACCAAUAAUUGUGUUAUUCUCAAAACUUUUGACCACGACUGUAGAGAAUGUGCUGCUAUCGAUAAAGAUGGAAUGAUACAUUUUAAAUGAAGAAAUUAGGAAAAUGUGAUUUGUAAUUGUUUUAUCAAUGGGUCUGUCAUAUGCUCUGUUAAAUCAAUAGCACACAAUGGCCAGGCUCUAAUUUACCUUAGCAUUGUGACUGUUGAAGGGAGUGUACACUGAGUGUACAAAACCUUAAGAACCCGCUCUUUCCAUGACAGACUGACCAGGUGAAGCUAUGAUCCCUUAUUGACGCCAAUCAGUGUAGAUGAAGGCGAGGAGAUGGUUAAAGAAUCAUUUUUAAGCCUUGAUACAUGGAUUGUGUGUGUGCCAUUCAGAGGGUGAACGGGCAAGACAAAGUGCCUUGGAUCGAGGUAUGGUAGUAGGUGCCAGGCGAACUGCAACGCUGCUGUGUAUUUUACACUCAACAAUUACCCGUGUGUAUCAAGAAUGGUCCACCACCUACAUCCAGCCAACUUGACACAACUGUAGGAAGCAUUGGCGUCAAUGGGCCAGCAUCCCUGUGGAACACUUUCGACACCUUGUUUUGUACACUCAGUGUAUAUACUAUACCACUAGUACAGGGGUAGGCAACCCUGUUCUGGAGUGCCGCAGGUUAAAUAAAAAACAAGACGUGCCUGAAUGGCACGGCUGAAUGGCACGACAAUGGGCCUCAGGUUCUCGUCAUGGUAUCUCUGUGCAUUCAAAUUGACAUGAACACAAUUGUAUUUUGUUAGUUGUCCAUAGCUUAUGCCUGCCUGCCUGCCCAAACCAUAACCCCACCUCCACAAUGGGGCACUCUGUUCACAAUGUUGACAUCAGCAAACCGCUCGCCCACACAACGCCAUACAUGUGGUCUGCAGUUGUGAGGCCGAUUGGUAGUACUGCCAAAUUCUCUAAAACGACAUUAUGGUAGAGAAAUGAACAUUCAAUUCUCUGGCAACAGCUCUGGUGGACAUUCCUGCAGUCAGCAUGCCAAUUGCACACUCCCUCAACGUGAGACAUCUGUGGCAUUGUUGUGACAAAACUGCACAUUUUAGUGGCCUUGUGUCCCCAGCACAAGGUGCACCUGUGUAAUGAUCAUGCUGUUUAAUCAGCUUCUUGAUAUGCCACACCUGUCAGGUGGAUGGAUUAUCUUGUCACAGGAGAAAUGCUCAGUAACAGGGAUGUAAACAAAUUUGUGCACAACAUUUGAAAGAAAUAAGCUUUUUGUGCAUAUGGAACAUUUCUGGGAUCUUUUAUUUCAGCUCAUGAAACAUGGGACCAACACUUUACAUGUUGCAUUUAUAUUUUUGUUCAGUGUAUAUGCUUAAGAAUGAUGUCUUAUGAGGUUUCAUUCAUUCUCCAUCUAUGUCUCUAGGUUUGUCUGUAUUUCCACCACAAUCUGUACCGGGGGAACCGUGUGACCAAGGUGGAUGCUGAGAGUUUCAAUGCCUUCAACUCUCCUAACCUGGCUCCUCUGGCCAACGCUGAAGUGGACAUUAAAAGUAAUCAAGUGGUAUAAUACGGUGUCUGACCUGUUAUGUGUUCAUAUCUAUAUCAAGUCAAAUCUUUGAUGUGGCCGAUAGAUGGAUGUUUUCACUGAACUCUUUCUCUCUCCCCUGUAGUUAACUGGGACACUGUGUGGAGAGCGAACACGACCGCACGGUUCAGAGUGAGCACUCAGAUGAACCGUAACGUGGGUCUGCUGAGACUCUUCCCAGGCAUCACUGCAGUUACCGUAAGAGGCUUCCCAGGGUGGGGGUGAGAAGGGGUGGAUAGUGGCUCUGCCCUGUGCCUGUUGCCCCUUCAACCACAUCAUUACAUCACUGUCUUCCUACUUCUGAUAUACUGUAAUAGUGAAAGAGUAAUACCCUAUUGUAGAAAGACUCAAUCAGAACAGCCAUUUGGGGCCAUAUUUAUCGAAAACUCUUCAUUAUAGCUCUGUUGUCGUGAAUCCUCUCAUGCAGGUCCUACUGUGUUUUCUGACGAGCCAGCAUCGUGUGGGCGUUCCAAGUGGUCUGCAUACAGCCGGGAGCUGCUUUGGGGCUGCCAGCAGCGUUUAGCCCAGUGAAAAAUGAGACUGGGUUAUGGGGCAUGUCCAAUUACCCACUAAAGACGAGCGGCUUGGCACAGAUACUUAAACACUUAGAUACGCCUCCCUCGCUACAGACUGAGGGGAGGAUGGCUUUACUGUCUCAAUCUGGUCCCUCUGCCGACGCUGGCCAUGAUGCUUUGUUAAUCUGAUUUUAUUAUCUGCUUCUUUGAUUAUGCUUCAGGCUCUCCUCUGCCUUCCACGGUCUCUGCCAGCAUGGGGUUUAUUUGGGAUUCUGUGUCGCACACAUUUCUGGCUAGCUAGCCGCAUGAUCCGAAAUCCAAUGGAAGAUAUCGGGCCAUGCCCAGCUCUUGCUAUGAUUCCCUCCCUCCACAAGGUAGAUCUAUGGUCCGUUGCCAGAUGAAAUGAUGCUGUCUCUGAACACCUUGAAGUUAAUGGUUCCCCCUGCCUGGCCAUUUGAGCCAUCUCCUCUCCAGAUGCUAUGGCUGGUGUUGUAAAGAGGUCUCCUAGAGCCAGUGAAUCACCUUGAGACUGAGAGACAACCCGGGUGGCAUAGGCACCAGAUGGUCUGGAGGGAGAGGGGGGAGGGGUCUGGGCCGGUUGUUAAACCCGAUCCUAGCUCCGUACACUCCUCCUUUGUCCACAAGCCAGACUGAAAUGGCCGCUCAUCUCUCUCUCGCUCUGUCUGUCUCUGUGGGUGUGCAGGUGAAGUCCUUCCUGCAGGCGCCCAUGGAGGGCAUCGUCCUGGAGACGUAUGGUAGUGGAAACGCCCCUGACAACCGUGCUGACCUGCUUGAGGUGUUCCAGAAUGCCACAGAGAGGGGCGUGAUCAUUGUCAACUGCACCCAGUGUCUGAGGGGUUCUGUCACCACAUCGUACGCCACUGGAAAGGUAGCCCAGAACACUGUUCAGUGGGAGUGGGAGAGUGCACAUGAUGUGGAUGGAUGUGUGUUAACAUGUCUUCCUGGUCCCCUCAGGCCCUGAGUGACGCAGGGCUGGUGGCAGGCUGUGACAUGACUCCUGAGGCUGCCCUGUGCAAGCUGUCCUACGUGCUGGCCAGGAUGGACCUCAGUAUAGAGGCCAAAAGAAAGGUAGGAGUCCCAGUCUAAACGCACUCAUUACCUCACUACACUUUGUAGGCCCCUUGUAGAAAAGCUUUUGAAGCAAAUGUCAACCCUAGGCUGAACUUUAGAGUGACACCUGUGUUAGUCCUAUUUAAAGAAGAAAAUAUCACAAGAAUGUUAACGGCAAUAGAUGGCAGAGAUUAUUCACAUGCGGAUAAAGGUCAUAGUGACAUGAUGGUGUAAUCCUUGAUCAUGCUUGUCUGUGUUGACUGUGUUUGUGUGUUAUCUGUCCUUUGUUGUCUCUGUUGUACUUGUCCAGAUGCUGAGUCAGAACCUGCGGGGGGAGAUGAUCGCUGACCUGCAGGGGGCCAAGCUCACUCUGAGCGACAGUCGCUUCAUCCAGGUCAUCGCCAAGUCCCUGAGCAUCAGCUGUAAGGAGGUGAGGCCACCGCACCGCCGGCCAUUUCCCACACAUCUCACCCACACUGUCACCACCACUGAGACUGCAGGGUUACUUUCCACCUAACAGGUUUUCAUCGGCCUCUGGCUAAUCUGACGGGACAGAGCUCCCAUUGAAGUACAAAUGCCCAGCGGUAGGGUUUUUUCCAAAGUGGUAAAUCCAACUUUAUAGCGUAUUUUUAUCGGCGUCACCUUACGACACGUUACAUAAAGCAUUCCUCUACUGAUUCUCAGUCUUUGUAUUGGCAUGACACCUGAUGGUUUUUCUGCUUAUGUUUCCAGGAGCUAGAAGCCGUCCGGGAUGCUCUGACCCCCACCUUAGCUUGUGCCGCUUCUAAGAUAGGAGACGUGGAGGCCUUGGAUGCCAUAAAGGAGAUGGUGAGGAACAUUUACAUAAAUACAACCAUGUCUGUUAGUAAAAAUAAUCACUGCAACAACUGACCUCAAAUACUAUAAGGGGGGGGAGAAGAAAACCCCUGUUCUAACGGCAUGAUGACAGGACUGUAGGACAGAGUUCAAACCAUAUGUUUGUGUGUUAUAAGACACGUUUCCAUACUGAUACCACAGACUUUGCACUGUACCAUGAACGUCACAUAUGUUAUGAUGACCUGACUGGUUCUGCUACAUUCACUGGCUCAAUGCAGAUAGAUGCCUAGUAGCCUGAAUUACUCUCAACGUCCAAUGUUAAAUACCAGUUCUAUCUAUUCUGGAUCCUCUCUGAAGAACGUGUUCUGCUAGCCUGCUUGGUGAAAAGAAGACCGCAUAUUUGGUCUUCUUUUACCAGACCCUUAUGAUGCGGGUCAAUUUGACCCAGUAGUGAGUUUAAUGACACUGAAAUACUAUUUAACUUAAUUUCUUCACCAUGACCCCUCAUCUAGUCCUCUAGGUAGGGUUAAUGAACUUGUAAAACAAAACAAAAACUCUGUAUUUGACCUUUGUGCUAUAGCCAAAAAAACAUGUUUUGUGCAGUAAAGGUCUAACCAUGACUAUCACAAGAAUAUAAGUAUGUUUUCCCUGUGAUGUUCAGAGGCCGAUGGACAGUGAUGUCAGUUUGGCUAAAAUUGAGCUUAAAAUGUCAAUAUGAUUUAUGACUUUGGUAUAUAUAUCAAACAUUUGGCUCUACAUUUUGAAUAGUUUGGUCAAUCAACUUAGCAAAAAGAGCAUAUGAAAGAGGACAUCCUCAACUACUGAAAAUCCAUGUUUGGAGGUUAAAAUCAUGUAUUUAUGUACUUACUGAAUUUAGUGUAUUGGGUCAAAUUGACCCAGAACAUCAUCAGUGUAUAGGGUGAAAGAGACAUGUAUGCUUGUGUUACUCCCUCAGUCCCAUGCUACAGUUGGUUGAACCGGUCAGUGCAGUGCAUACCAAAGAUACCUGCUGAGCUUCAUCAAAUGGCAGACAGUAAACUCAGUAGUCAUACUGUGUUAGAUGUAAUGAUUGAUUUUGAUAUGGCUUGCUUUGCAGUGAACUUUUGACAUGAGAAGGAUUUGCCUAGUGUUUCCAGUCAAUUAAAUGUUCAAUAACCCACUUAUUUGGGAAUUUAGCUUAUUUUAUAGGGGGUAUAUUUAAGUACAAAGGCCUGAGGGGGUGAGGUAUAUGGCUAAUAUACCACAGCUAAGGGCUGUUCUUAUGCACGACUCAACGCAGAGUGCUUGGACACAGCCGUUAGCCGUGGUAUAUUGACCAUAUGUCACAAACCCCAAGGUGCCUUAUUGCUAUUAUAACCUGGUUACCGAUGUAAUUAGAGCAGUAAAAAUAAAUGUUUUAUUUUCAUACCUGUGGUAUACGGUCUGAUAUACUACAGCUGUUAGCCAAUCAGCAUUCAGGGCUCGAACCACCCAGUUUAUAAUUCCGUAUGAAUAGAGGAAUGGGUUGGCUACGCUUUAAAUGAAAUGAUUUAUCAUUUCGAGAUGACUGUCACCGUUCAGAAAGAUGUGCACCAGGUCAGUGUGGCGCAACAUUCACUACAUGGGAUUAAUACAUCAAUACUGUUUUUAUAAUACAGUGUUACCAUGGCACUGUAAUAUACAGUAUGAGAUGUGUUUCUUGUCAUCAGGGCAGUAACCUAAGUCUGGGGGACUAUGAUGGACGCACCCCUCUGCACGUCGCUUCCUGUGAGGGCCACCUCAAUGUGGUGCAGUAUCUACUGGGCCAGGGCGCCACUGUCUAUGCCAAAGAUCGCUAUGGGGACACACCCCUGCGCAAUGCUGUGCGCUUCAGGUAGGAUUGAGCUAACAUGUGGGCCAAGACAAGAGCUUUACAUUUUGGGGGGGCUGAGCGGCAUUGAGGAAUAGAGGGAUGGAGUUGGGGAAAUGGAGUAUUAUAUGUCCUUAAACGCUUUGCCUCUACAGUAGAUGUUCACCCAUCCCUUAUGAUUCAAGCCCCCAGUAGCCAAUUCUAACUGACAGCUUCUAUCUGCCCAGGGAGGGGGGUGUGCAUCACACAGUAAUGAUCUCAUUCACACAUAAUUAAGUGGGGCAUUUGAAAUCCACCAGUGGCCAUUAACAACCUCCUUAUAUUUCCAUGGCAGUCUUUAGAGGGAAUGGUGUACAAACAUUAGGCAGUUAGACUGCAGGUCAUUACAGUGUCUGAGGCAGGGAGUCUGGGCCUGCUAAAUGACUAUCAUAUCCAGAAGGGGAGGACUGCUACUGGGGCUCUCAGAUGGGGGUUGAAACUAGAGGAGUUCUGAUGGAGUUUAGAGGCCACCACAAUAAUUAGCUGCUAAUUGUAAUCUGCCAGUAUUUAUAUUUACCCAAAACUGUAAUUUUCAUGUUUUCUUUAUCAUUCAUUGACAUUGCCGUGUGCUCAUCGCUUGGGGAGAGUAAGACAUUCAAGGCUGCAGUCUUAAGUAUCAUGCUGUGGGUGCCUCAAGGAGAAAUACACAAGUGUGUGUGUGAGAGCACUGAGAAAGGUGGCUGUAAACCGUUGGCAGGGCAGGCACAGGCAUGCCCAUGUUGACUUGGUACUGAAGGGCAGAGGGUUGCAGAGUGGGACUUUCAACCUGGUAGCAUAAUUCACCUCAGACACCUGUCUGCUUGGGGAAAUAGCAAUGUCCCAUUCUGGCUCUCUUACACAGUCAAAAUCACUAAGUCUCUGUGAUAAUGCAAUAUCUUCCAUUUUGGAACAGUUACAGUACUUGCAAUAAAGAACAAUUGAUGGAUACAUUUUUUUUGGGAGGGGGCUUUAUGCCAUUUUAAGUUUAAACCACAUUUCAAUAGCCACCUAUCGCUCCUUCCUGAUGACCAAAUAAGGAGUGAAACUGAGUGGAGUGUCUUGAACCAGUCUUACCCGCCUGUCCUCAGUUUAAUUGAUGAUAGGUUCCCCUGUAGCUCAGUUGGUAGAGCAUGGCGCUUGCAACGCCAGGGUUGUGGGUUCGUUUCCCACGGGGGCCAGUAUAAAAAAAAAAAUUAUGCACUCACUAACUGUAAGUCGCUCUGGAUAAGAGCGUCUACUAAAUGACUAAAAUGUAAAUAAACUGUGACUAGUCUCUAACUAAAGGACUGGAAAUACAUUAGCCUUGUUUUGCCACUGUCUUUACAGCCAAACCUUAUCUCAAAGUAGAGCUAAAUGUGCAUGACCAACUCCCAACGUAGUGUGUGCAUUUAACCUCUUAAACAUUUCACAGAUGUUCUUAGUUUCAAUUCUAUGUCCCUGGUUCUGGCCAUCUUUAGAAAUGUCUGUGUUUGAGGAGUGUGCCAAGUUGGCGCUGCCUUUUGCCCCCACCAUUGUGUAUUGUAUCAUUGGAGCUGCUGAGACGUUCUGUUAAGACUCCAUGCGUGGGUGGUUAACUGGAACUUGUCCAUACUCGUUUAGCACCCAGUCACAGUUCCAUAACCGGUCACUGUCAGCAGAUACUCUGAAAACUAGAAAUAUGACUAAUGCACAUUGCAGUCAUAAUAAAUCAUACCUCAAACAAUGGAUCAGUAGUGUUCCACCUAAUGGUUUCAGUUGAAUUCUGACUCACACUUUGUGAUGUUGUUUUCACCUUGAUUCUAGUACACUGUAUAGCAUCUGUAUUUGAGAAGGGUCGGUCAUAUCUAUGAGUGUGUGUCUGUCCAUCCAGACACAAAGAGGUGGUGAAGCUGCUGAGAAAGACAGGAGCCCAUUUCUCCAUGGAUGAGCUGGAGGAUGCCGGUUCAGAGCUGUGCAGGUGAGAAGCACACAGCACUUUCUCACACAUGCAUUGCCCAAAGACUCAUCCUGCAUAGUUUGUGCAGGUACGACCAGUUGUCCCAGUUGUCUUGAGUAAACACUUGGAAUGCUCUCUGACCACACAGCUUCGGACCUCUGCAGCAUCCAAACAUAACCACCGUAGAACCCUGAAUUGCUCUGUUUGGCUGAUAUCCUCACUUUUAGAAAAUAUCGAUUUUGUCCGUUACUGGAGCAAGGCCUUUGCCUCUGGAAGCAAACAAGCAUACUCAUAGUCCUAUUCAGAAUCAAGUAGUGUGGUUAGUCUAAGAUUAUACUAUAAAACCUGAUGUUAUUACUGUAGAUAUCUGGUUGCUUUUUAGUCCCUUUAUCAUGAAACCUCUUGAAUAUGAACCCUCCCAAUGAAUUAUCUGGUGGUGUGAUGCAGUCUGGCAGCCAAUGCUGACAUCGAGGGCCUGGAGAUGUGGCACCUGGCCGGGGGAGACCUGGACAUGCCAGGCUACGACGGGAAGACGCCGAUGGAGGUGGUGAGUGUUUGGGACUGGGAGCCUCUCUCCAACUUACAAACAUGGAUAGUAAAGGAUGUGUAGGGUAAAGGUAACCCAGACUAGUUAUGUAACAUGGAUAGUAAAGGAUGUGUAGGGUAACGGUAACCCAGACUAGUUAUGUAACAUGGAUAGUAAAGGAUGUGUAGGGUAAAGGUAACCCAGACUAGUUAUGUAACAUGGAUAGUAAAGGAUGUGUAGGGUAACGGUAACCCAGACUAGUUAUGUAACAUGGAUAGUAAAGGAUGUGUAGGGUAACGGUAACCCAGACUAGUUAUGUAACAUGGAUAGUAAAGGAUGUGUAGGGUAACGGUAACCCAGACUAGUUAUGUAACAUGGAUAGUAAAGGAUGUGUAGGGUAACGGUAACCCAGACUAGUUAUGUAACAUGGAUAGUAAAGGAUGUGUAGGGUAACGGUAACCCAGACUAGUUAUGUAACAUGGAUAGUAAAGGAUGUGUAGGGUAACGGUAACCCAGACUAGUUAUGUAACAUGGAUAGUAAAGGAUGUGUAGGGUAACGGUAACCCAGACUAGUUAUGUAACAUGGAUAGUAAAGGAUGUGAAGGGUAACGGUAACCCAGACUAGUUAUGUAACAUGGAUAGUAAAGGAUGUGUAGGGUAACGGUAACCCAGACUAGUUAUGUAACAUGGACCAUUAGGUUUUCUUUUCCUCCUCUCUCUCUUAGGCUCAGUCUGUGGGGAAUGAAGUUGUGAUGGAGUUCUUACACCAGGUCAGCCAGUACCAUGCCAAGGUAAGAGUUGGACUAUGAUCUAGCUUUACUGUUAAUCUCUGCACUCCUCCAACAGCGUUCAUCUCUGCCUCAAUUCAGAGAGCUUCUCUCCCCAACCUGAGCUCACUGAAAUCAAACGGAGUGAAUAAUAUUUUACUGUACCCGUCUUUGUCAGUUGAUAUGUCUUACAAACCUAAACCAGUUCAGCACACUGUAUGAUCCACUUUUUUUCUAUCUUCAACUUGUUACAAUUUCCCAUUCAUUUAAACACCUCCUAGUCACCGCUUAUGUCUUGUGUUUUUCCCCGCAUCAGUCAGAUGAAAGUAAUGAGGUAAUCCAUCUUUGGCCAUUUUACUUUUCAACAUGAGAAUGAGUGUCAUCUCAUCCCUGUAUUAACAGAUUUGACCUAAUUUGUAUAGAUGUUUAUCAGAUUAGCAAUUUAUUUACUACAACUAAAACAUUACUACGAUCCGUGCUUGUGAAUAAAUGGUGUGGCAUGAAAGCAUCCAAGAGGUAGCCUAUAAAUUAGAUUUGACAUAUAGGCUAGAUUUGAAAGUAAAACCAUGUAGGCUGCAGAAUAGGGACGUAGUUUCAACUUCGCCAUGUGUUCCAAUGACAUGUUUUUUUUUGUUUACUUCCAGCCUCUGUUUGAUGAAAAUGAUGAGGUAAAUAUUGUGGUUGUGUGUUUUUCCCAUGUUGAUUAUGAGGUAAUACUGAGGUAAGUGUAGAAUGGCCACAGCUAGCUCUUUGGAUUCUCCUGUGCUUGGUGGUCGUACCUGUGUCUCCUCUCAUUGUAUGGUGAUGUGUUGCAUCUCUGUAUGACCUACAUGAGUAUCACUUGUUGUAGCCUGGCUUGAACAGGUGUUUUCCAAAAUGGCUGCCAGGUUGAGUUCGAUUAGACAGUGACACAAAACUUUGCAGUGUGGUAGUCAGCCUGGCUUUUGUGAUUUGUUCCUGUGAUGGCCUCUAAGCUGUGUUGUCUGGUAUGAUGACCGCUUGGCGAAGUUUCCUCUGAGAUGCAUUAUGUGGAUUAGUAGCAGAGAUUGCGAAGCCAGCAUUAAUUUGAUAUCACCGCUGCUCUUUGUAUUGAACAGUACUGCUAGAAAGUUUUCCCCUUGUGUGUUUCAGAAUGGAGAGUACAUUGAGUUCUCAGCCUGUCCAAAAGGAUCCUGAAGAAGAAGAUCCUCAGCUCUUACCUCUCCAUCCAUCCCCAUCACUCUCUCUCCCCCUUUCCAUUUCACUCUCUUACACUAGACAUUUGCACAAGCUUGCAGAUGAACAGAUUUUAUUUAGAUUCAUCCAAACCAUUUACAAUUUAUAUAGUUGCGAUAAUAUCAUGUACAGUUGGGAAACUGUAGUUGUAAAACAACUAGUAGCACAACAUUUGAUGUCAAGUAAUAUCUAUGCACUGUGGCUAGAACGGGCACCACUAUAUCUGUAUGUUUUGUAUGUACCACAGUAUACAAUGUAUGUGGAAGCAAUUCGCUCUGUUUGCAUUAUCAGUGAUUAUUGUAAGCACAGGGUAGAAUGCUGUACCUUUUACUAUGCACUUGAUGGGUAGAAUGCUGUACCUUUCAUACUAAGCAUUUCAUAACGCACGUUGAGUGCCAUUUAUUCUAAACGGAAAUCAUUGUGUGAAUAACUGUUUGCCUAGAUGUUUAUAGUCUCACUUAGACUGCAUGAAUGAUAAAAAAAAUUCCCCACCUCCUUCUGAAAG